UUUGCAUUUGUCAUAGCUCCUUUCAUCAAAAGAAUGUUUAUUUGCCUGUAUUAAUUGUUUUGAGCUAAGUAAGGUUGGGGAGGAAAUUAUACUUUUUGGUUUUAUAAUGGUAUAACCGUUUGCAAAUCGCGUCAACAGUGUCUUGUAUUUGGUUCGAUCAGUUAAUUUCCUGUCAGUGAGUACGGAGUGAAGACCAUCAUGGCUGCGGAGCACCAGUAUUUCUAUGAGGAUGAAGUUUAUAGAGUUAAUAAGAAGGGCAACAUAGAGUUUGGCAUGGUUUUGGAAAAUUCAGAGCUUGUCAGUAGUGAUGAGAAUUCGGAUGCAGAAGAUGGUGGCCGUAUGAAGAAAGGGCACAUACGUGUUGCGUGGCACCCAACUGGAGUGGAAGAAGUCAUUCCAGAGCGAAAGGUAUGUUUGGCCGAUCGUUCAUUGAUGCCCGGUGAUGUUGUUCGACGUAUGGUGAAGGGCAAGGACACACAGCGUGGAUAUUGUCGUGACAUACGAGUGACUGCCAGUGUCCAAGUCGUUGGCAGUAAGCAAGUCAUUCCAAAUGUCAAGAGUGAACACCUAAUACCUCUGGAGGAGUUUGCAGCCGAUAUUGCUGCCUGUCUUGAUUCCUGGGUAGGAGGAAUAAAAACUGUGCAAUCUAAACUUCAGCUACGCUGUGCUGAUGGGUCUCGAUGUGUUGUGAAUGACAUUGAUGCAUGUGGUUUAGAAGACUUCAAUGAAAAGCGAGAUUGUGAAUGUGAGUUUCCUGGUCACCGUGAAGACUUUUACCCAGGCCAAACUCUGUGGGGACCUCUACAUUGUUUAGAAGAAGCUGAUUGGGUCCACUGUACAAAAGAAAUGAAGGCAAUGCGUUCGAAACCUAACAAAUUUAUCAAAGUAGUGGUUGAAGAAGUUAAAACUGAAAGUGUUGGCGUGCACUGGCAGUGUCGUGCAUAUUCCCGUGAAGGAGCAGGCAAUGACAAGGAGCAGCCUAAAUUUUUAGUGCAGGGAGAAGACUUGAAAAGACUGAAAUUGCUGAAUGUGUUUGAACCUUGCACAUUGCAAGUUGGUGACCGAAAUUUCUAUACCUUCCGUGAUGAGGAUACAGUUAUCACCAAGGAACAGUGGAGGCGAUCUCAACGUGAGCUUAUACUGUCAUCAAAUACAAUUGUCAAUGGUCCAAAUAAGAGGAGCACAAGGCGGCCACGUGGUCCCCGCUGGUUGACAGCACCUUCAUGGUUCUUGCACAGCUCCAUUCAGAGGGCAUCUCAUCUGAGAUCAACACCAGCCCAUGGAGGUAGAUGGCUGAAGAUACUUGCGUUCAUCUUCUGGGCAGCUAAAAUCGCUGAAGUUUUCAUCUUCGCUAUCACUUUUGGUAUGAUGGAAGUUAUACCAGCUGCAGCAAGGAAUGGCACUGAAGGUGGAGAUGAAGAAGAAAAAAAACAGCAGAUUGUCCCCCAGGAGCAGCUGGUCCAAGAGCAACAUCAGGCUGUUCCAGUGGCACCUGUGUCCAAUAGUGGCAACCCCAGUUUGCUUCCACCUCCGCCACCACAGACAGCUGCAUCGCCUGAACAGCCAAGUAGCAUGUCUGACUGGGAUACGGAGGACACUGCUAGCAUAUCAGACACAGCUUCUGUUAGCAGUGGCUGUAGCUCUACUGGAUCACAAGGCAAAAAGAAACGGGGCCCAGCCUUGAUGACAAAAGUUUUAAAGAAAAAGAAGCUUCUCCGUACUCGGAAACGUGCUCCCCCUGUACAGUUGACACCUGGAACACGUGUUGUUGUAGAAACACUUUCAACUUCUUCAGUAGCUGAUGUGGUGUGGCAGGAUGGUUCUGUAGAGUACAAUAUUCCAUCAACUGAGCUGUAUCCAAUACACCAUCUGGAUGAUCAAGAAUUCUUUCCUGGAGAUUUUGUGAUUGAAAACAAGGAGGAUGCAUGCAUGAGAGUGUAUGGUGUUGUUCAAAGUGUGGACCAUGCUGGACGUACUGCCACUGUCAAAUGGUUCAAGACAUAUGCUUCUCUCGAAACUCCACAACCUCAGCUUUUGGAACAGAAUGAAGUUAGUGUGUAUGAUCUGAAAGACCAUCCAGACUUCCAGUAUCGACCAGGUACUGUGGUAAUCAGGGUGGCAAACUUUGAAGGAGAGGAUGCAAAUUGCACUGCAGGUCAAGUGCUAGAUAAUUAUCCAGAAGGAAAGGUUCGUGUCUGGUGGGUUGAUGGACAUAUCAGCAUGUCCUGGCCACAGGAUCUGUAUAAAGUUGGUGAAUAUGACAGUGAUGAGGGAGAAUUCUGGGAUGAUAAUAGUAGUGAAGCUUCUUGGGAGACGGAAUCUGAAGAUUGCUUCAUUGCUGAAGAAGUUGGCCAGGAAGAUGAACUGCAAGAAAUGUUGAAGCCCAAACUAGCAGCCAACAUAGAAAAGGCCAGAAUUGCCAUGUCUCGGCUGGAGGAAAUUUUUACUCAAAACCCUGCAUUACAGACAACAUCUGUAAUGCGUCAGCUUCUUGAUGUUUACAAAGAUUGUAGGUAUCUGGAUAAACUGAUGGGUACAUCUUUCUUCCAUGAAAGCCAUUUCCAAGGAUUAUUGGAACGUGUUCGUGAACGUGGUCGUGCAAAUGUAGCUCAGCGUGUUGCCGAUCAAGUGAAUAGAUUGUUUCAUCGGAAUCAACAGGUACCUGCUAUUGACCAGGAUGACUCUGGCGACCAGGACAUUGAUCCAUCACGUGAUAUUGCAUUAGCAUCUGGAGAGUUCCUUUUGAGUGAGAACUUGGCAAGCCUUGAAAGGCGUGUCGUGACUGCUGCUAACAAUUCACGAAACUCAGAGACUGCACCAAGCCGGAAAUUACAAGAGAAACCAUCUGCUGCAACUAACUUGAGUAAAUCUGAAGGUGUACCAGGCAGUGGACAACAGCAACAAGCUUCUGAAGGCAGAGCUGCGAGGUAUAGCUCCCAGGCACAGCAGCAGAAUCAGCAGCAGCCUACUGUUGCAAAUUCCCAUGUUUGUGUCAAGUUGUGUGCACUUAUCAAGGCCCAGCUUGUACAAGCCCAUGCUGAAGUUACACGGAGGUUUGGUGGUAAUCAGGGACUGAUGGCAUUAAGUGAUGCUUUGAGUGAAUCACCUCAUCCUGGAGAGAAGCAGGAUGCUGAAGAACCAGAACCAAUGGAAGAGGACUUGCCAGCAGUUGCAGCUGUGCCUACAAAUGAUGCAAAAACUCCUUCGCAGAAGGCCAAAGCAACUGUAGGUCAGCCAGGCAAGACAUUUAGGGUGUCGGCAUCAAACAAUACCAAGGCUCCCACCUGCCCUACAGGGGACGAGCUGCCAGUGGAACCUUCCCAGAAGGAAAAGUCAUCUGGUCCAGAAACUCCAUCCAGUCCUGCACCAACUGCUCAAGGAGCUGCCGCUGCAGAUGAUGAUGUGGGGGAAGCUUUCUCUGUUAUGGAGGCAGCACCUAAUAGCCACAAAUUUAAGCUGACAAUGUUUCAACCGACCGACCCACAGAAUUUCUUCCGCACAGUUCGCAAAGAGUUAAAGUUGCUCCGAACCUCAUUACCAGAUGGAAUAUGGGUAAAAGGCUUCGAGGACCGAAUGGAUCUCUAUUCAGUGAUGAUCCGUGGACCAGAGCGGACACCUUAUGAAGAUGGGUUAUUCUUCUUUGACUUCCAACUGUCAGCAGAUUAUCCAAAAGCUCCACCACUAUGUCAUUACAUCAGCUAUUGCAGUGAUCGUUUGAACCCAAAUCUUUAUGAAGAUGGGAAGGUUUGUGUUAGCUUACUUGGUACCUGGAGUGGGAAAGGAACAGAAGUCUGGACAUCUAAUUCGAAUCUUCUGCAAGUAAUUGUUUCCAUUCAAGGUCUCAUACUAGUGAGUGAACCAUACUUCAAUGAAGCUGGUUAUGAGAAACAGAAAGGUUCACAGCAAGGAAAAGAAAAUUCUCGAAUGUACAAUGAAAUGGCUGUGCUAAAAUUGGUUCAGGCAAUGACAAAGCUGCUUCUGCAACCUCCUUCAGUUUUCAAAGAAGAAAUCAUCAUGCAUUUUAACAAUAAUGCCAGCAAAUUGCUGAGGCGGUUGGAAUCGUGGCUGGACAUCUCAGAGCGAUACAAUUCAUCACAUCCCCUGUCACCUACAACACCAACUACGUUCCGUCAGCUGCAUGAGACAGAAUUAACAAAUGACUUGAAAGUCCCGCUACCUGAUUUUCCUCUGAUUCCUGCCUCGAAAGGAUUCUGUCUCACACUACGCAAAACUUUGGUCACAUUCCGUGAGGUUCUUGCAUCGGUGGGUGUCCUGACACCCGCCAGUUAGUACAUGCUUCAUCCACAUUGCCUACAUUUAGCAACAAGUUGCCUCAGCGCUCACUAUAGGCACUCUGCGGUAGGCCAUGCUGCCAUCCCUCCCAAAUAUUUAUUUAUUCUUUCUGCCCAGUCACUGGCACUACCGUAUAAUGAAGAAUGGACACGGACUUAACUGUUGUUUUGUUGGUGAUUAUAGUAUUGGUGACGUAUUGAAACAAUCUUUUACCUUCAUCUUUAUUUAAGAGUAACUCCAGUGUCAAAAAACUUAACUGCAGCAUAGGAAUUUCCUUAAAAGCAAACUACACCUCUUCUACAUCGUAUGUUUGGAGAAAAGACUAUAAACAUGUAGAAUUUGCUAGUAUUUUUUGUUCAUACUUUAAUUGUAAAAUUUAGAUCGGUCAUAAUAAAUAAAAAUCAGUAAAGAGAAUAUUGUACAGUACAUCCACUCCUUAGGUAUGAGCAGUCACUUUUCCACACAACUGUGAUGCAACGAAAUGCUGUGCUGCUACUGUUGCUGCUCUUUGUAAGUUUUGACAUAAUGUCAGUAUGAGUAUAGGCAUUGCUCCUGACCUUCGUUUCUUCUGUUAAUAAAUUUUCUGUUAACUCAGGGAGUUCUGAUAAUUUUGUCUGGCUCUUGUGAUCGUGUGUAAUGUAAGGACAUUGAAAAGUGGUGCUGAAAAAUAUAUCAUCAUGUAGAUAAAUAUUUAAAAAUGAACUGUUGUAUAUUUAAUGUAUGUAUAUCUGCUGUGUAAUUGUCAAUAUGUGAAGUACCACAGUGAAGGGAAUUCCUAUCCCAAGACAGUCAAGAUUAUCAGUUAACUGUGUUUGAUUGUUUUUACUCUGAUUUUGUGUAACAAAACACAGCAUUUUUCAGUGUGUAAUGUGAAGAAACUGUUAUUUAUAAGACUCUUUGAAAAGGCAUUUUUAUGGAACAGAACUGGUUCUUGCUCUGCAUGCAAUUGCUCCGUUGUAAAUUACAUACACAUAUAUAUUUUUUCCUGAUACUAUAAUAAGAAAUAUCUGGUAUAUUGUUGAAGUGUAAAAUGCAAGCACAAAAAUAAAAUUAAGUUUGGUUCGUUGA